CUCUCUGAGAUUCCUUCUUUUUAGUAUUUUACUAUUUCCUUUUCUAUAAUUUAUAAUAUUUUCAAAUUUCGGUAAUCUGAAAGCCAUUCUUUCAAAAAUUUCUCCUCUCUUUCUCUCUCUAGAUUUUUUGUUUGGGUGCCGAGAAAGAGCCGGAAAAUAAGAGAGAAUGGGGGAGGAGGGAGCUCUGAUACUUCGCUCUGAUGUAGCAACGCGAAAGCCUCCUAAUCCGGCGAGUAAUUCCACUGUGGAACCAACGGCGAAUAUGAUCUGAAUCCAAUAGUUUGAAUUAGCAGCCCCAACUUUGAAGUGAAUUAAUCUUGUGCAAUUAGGAAAUUGGGUAUUUUUUUGUUGCUAUUCAAGAUGAAAAGACAUGGGCUUGUUAAAGGGAGGGGACCUGCGAGGGUCACUGCGCAACAGGUGGUUUUUGAGCUAAAACACAAGGUAGUUAUUGCAAUGAACAAGCUUGCUGAUCGGGAUACUUACCAAUUAGGCGUUGAGGAACUAGAGAAAAUGGCUGAGUGUUUAACCCCAGAUGGGUUUGCUCCAUUUCUGUCUUGUAUUUUGGAUACAGAUUCGGAACAAAAGAGUGCAGUUCGAAAGGAGUGUAUAAGACUGAUGGGUACAUUAGUUAGAUAUCAUGAGGGGCUUGUUGGAAUGCAUCUCGGCAAGAUGGUUGCCAGCAUUGUUAAGCGGCUCAGGGAUCCAGACUCAGUUGUGAGGGAUGCAUGUGUGGAGACUGUAGGUGUUUUAGCAUCAAAACUGAGUAAUGACACGGGUGAGGGUGAUGGGAUCUUUGUUGUUUUAGUCAGGCCACUUUUUGAAGCUAUGGGUGAACAAAACAGGCAAGUGCAGGCGGGUUCAGCAUUGUGCUUAGCCAGGGUCAUUGACAAUACUCGUGAUCCUCCAGUUUCAAUUCUGCAGCCCAUGUUGACUCGAACAAUAAAGUUGCUUAAAAACCCACAUUUCAUGGCAAAGCCUGCAAUCAUUGAAUUGAACAGAAGCAUUAUCCAGGCAGGGGGUGCUCCAACACAAAAUGUUCUCGCCGCUGCAAUGACUAGCAUUCAAGAAUCUCUGAAGAGUAAUGACUGGACAACACGCAAAGCUGCUUGCAUAGCAUUAGGGGAAAUAGCUUCAAGUGGUGCAUCUUUCAUGGGCUCUUUUAAGGCUUCCUGCAUUCGUUCCCUUGAAUCAUGUCGCUUUGACAAGGUGAAACCAGUUAGGGACACGGUCCUGCAGGCCCUACAGUGCUGGAAAAGUCUUCCAGGACCUGAUACUUCUGAACCUUCAGAAGCUGGAUCUUCAAUAAAAGAAAAUUUCUUUGGCGGUGACUACAGCGAUAUUACUAGUGCCAGUGAAUCUGGACGGAAGGAUCUUGCCCACAAGAAAGUUGUUACUGGCUUAACUAAGAGCAGAGCUCCUUUGUCUAUUAGACAAACAUGUCCAGGUUAUGGGGAAAGUCAUCAACGUUCCAGUGAACAUGAUUGGCAUUUUGAAGUUGCAGUUCCAAAGACCUACAAUGCUUCUUUGCCCGAAUUUCAGAAUGAAGAAUCUGAGGGUAGCUCUGUUACAAAGACUUUAGAAAGGACGAGUACAGAUGUUACAAACACACAGGACAAUGGAUAUGAAUAUGUGCCUAUGGAUGAUAAACAAGAGUGUUCUUCUGGGUCAAAUCUUGUCACUGAUGACUUAGAGGGAAAGUUUGUGACUCAUAGCAUUGACAAGGGUGGUUUGCAGAAGCCAGUGGGAAGAAAUCAACAGUUUGCAGCUGAAGAGAUUGGUGGUACUGAGAAACAGAUGUACUCUGAAAGGAUACGCGACCGUAGAAGUCUGGAUUCAACUGUGACAGAAUCUAGUUCCCAUGCUCCAAAUGGGUGUUGUUCACAAAUGGUCAAUGAAGUGGUUUGCAUUAGAAAACAACUUGUGGAGAUUGAAACCAAGCAGUCAAACUUAAUGGAUCUUUUACAGGUGUUUACAUCGGGCAUAAUGGAUAGCUUGUCUGUCUUACAAACAAGGGUGGUGGGUCUAGAGGAUGUUGUAGACCGGUUAGCUCAGAACUUUGAACACAGGAGGGACCAUUCGAACUUAGCAACUUCCAAACUCAUGAAACAGAGUCAAACUUUGCAUUCUCCAAGGCUCUCCACAAGCACUCCAAGGCCAUCUAUAGAUAUAACCAGCCGACAGCCUUCAAUGUUGUCCGUGAAACAUUCUGAUACUUGGGUGGAAAACACAACUGGCAGGAGCCGAACAAACAAUUCUGUAAGACAUGGUGCAGAGACAUGGAGUAACAAUAUGGGGAAGCUUACCAGGAAUCCUACUGGGAAAGACAUCAGGAAAAUUCCUGGGCAGGGAACACAGAGGAUAAGUAAUGGUCAAAUAAGGACAGAUGCUAUGUUUUCCUUGGCUUCUAAUGCCAAAGUUAGACAAAAUGUUGUAGAAAGUAAGAAUAACCUCUGGAAACAAGUGAAAGGUUUUCUAUGUGAAGGGGACCUAGACUCUGCAUAUGUGGAAGCUCUUUGCUCGGGUGAUGAAAUUGUUCUGGUUGAGCUUCUUGAUGGAACUGGUCCUGUUCUGGAAUGUUUGUCGCCUAAAACUGCCAGGGAUGUUCUCAGCACUUUAACUUCAUAUCUCCUAGAACAAAGGUUUAUCAGCACCGUAAUUCCUUGGUUGCAGCAGAUUGCUGACUUGAGCACCACGCAUGGACCAAACUACCUUGGCCUGCCCGUGAAAGCAAAACAUGAAUUCUUGUCUUCCAUUGAGGAAGCUGUGAAUAUGGAAUUUUCCAAUCCUUCCGAGAGAAGAUCUGUCACUCAGUUAGCUGUGAAGUUGCACCAUCUAUGGGGCUAAUGCUCAUGAUAAUCGGAUGAUGAACCAAGGUUAUGAUGUAUGGAACUGCAGAUUCCAAUUGGUAAUUUGUUGUUUUAGAAAUUUGAAGUGGUGUUUGUACAAUUUUAGCCAGACGAGGGUUGAUAAUGCGGUCAUUUAGAAUCUUAGUCUGGAUUGGAAUUUCCUUUCCUGUAGUACGUAGUUUAAUGUGCACAUUGUUAUAUCUGUCGUGUAAUGAAAACCAAGAGUUUUUCUGUUGUCA